CUCUUCAGGCACAGUUUGAAUUCAGUCCAUGAUCUCGGAACCGUACUCAGAUGCAAAUUUCCAUCGGUGCUGCUGCAUGUAGAGAUGAAUGCAUUCUUGAACACGCGGCUGCUUGACCCGUAGACACGUCACCGACGCAGAUUUUAUACCCACCUGCAGAGAAAGAAUAAAAACCAACUUGCGAAGAGCAGCUCAAACAGUGGAAGAAGCGUGAAAGAGAGGCGGCAAAGCUGUCGGAGCGACCUUGGUUUUUUCUCGUCGUUCUGCCUCACACACCCUUGUCUCCCCGUCCUCAUCAGUAGAGGACCCGCUGGUAAAGAGGUUCUCGUUGUUUUUUUCCCCAGUAUUUCAUCUCUCGGCCACCUUUUAUUUCGCUUUCGCUCUGUCGUUUCUUCCUCCAUGCUGGGUUUGAAAAGAGCCUAGAAGCCCCGAUUUCAGUUGUCGCUCGUUGCACGCGAUCGCGUUCCUUAUCCAAUCAUCAUCGUUAUCCUCUUCUGCUUUUCUGCCUCUCUCUUUUUCCUUUUUCUAUUUUUUGUUCACUUUCUUCUCCCCGCCCGCCUUCUUCUCCUCCGUCCCCUUCCCUUCUUAUUCUUCGUCUUCUUGUCUUCCCCGGUCGCUCCUGGCCGCUUGGUUUCGCCUUCUUUCUGGAGCCCUCGGAGUUCUAAGAAAGAAAGGAGAAGUGCGGUAUGGCGCCACGGAGAGGGAGGACUUUGACCGGAGGGAGACGCAGAGGAAGCGAUGAGGUGGAAGGACAGAGAGAACGCGGAGGGGAGGAGGACAGAGAGAAGAGGGAACCUCUGCCUGUUGAAUACCCAGGUUUCUCCUCAGAGGGACGAGGUCAAGGCCAGUGGGGGGGCGGAGAAGCCAGCGUUUCUGCGGGUCGCAUGCAAGGGGACCGGCUCCCAAACUGGUGGGACCACCAGACAAGAAAGGAGAGGGCAGAGACAGAUUCACAUGGCCAAUUGCAUGUAGCCGAAACUGCCAGUAACGCACCAAGCACAGCUGAGGCCUUUAAAGAUGAUUGUCUCAACGACGAAGCCUUCGAGCUUCUUUUGAAGAGUGGCGCCUUCCUCGACACCACAUCGAGGGAUGGCGACGCAGAGCUUAUCACGGAGGAAGGAUCUGUAGGGACGUUGCAUCUUUGGGAAGCAAUCGAGAGGAGCGAGCGAGCGUGUGGAGAGUGGACUCUGAGGGAUCCUGCCCAAGUGAAAGAGGAAGCGCACUUUGAGAACGAAGAAGCAACGAACUGGGAGACCCAGUCUCGAGACGACGGAGCUGGUCAGACAGUGACACAGCGGAACAGGCGCCGCAAACAAGGACUCGAAAGAGAAGCAGCAAGUGUGAGGAGGCAAGGAGACUCUUCGGAGUCUUUAUUCCUCUUGGAGCCGACUGGCGAAAAAAAGUCGAAAAUGGAGACACGAAGACGAGGACCUUCUGGAGCAAGCGUGGACGCCGGUGAAGGAAGACUGUCGGGUCUAGGAGCCACAGAGUACCCACGCGAAGGACUUUGGCAAACACAGAAACGGAGCUUGAAGGCGAGGAGCAAGAGGAAGGGAGACAGCUUUCGGCCAUCAAUCAAGCGUCCUGUCGAGAGACAAGAACACCGGACGACGGCGGCCUCCGUUCUCCCCGCGGAACUGCUCAAUCUGGAGGAUCCACGUCUCGGUUUCAGAAACGCAGACUCUGCGGAGAGAACGGAUCGAGCCGGGGAGAGACGAAACACGAGCAAGGGCGGAGGCAGGAAGCAAAUGCGUCUUCGCAGGUGCAGUUGUUCGUCUCGGAGCUGUGGAUUUCUUUUGUCGGAGACAGAAGGAGACGUCGACUUCUACUCGGCGUUCUCGGACCUAGGCGAUGCGAGCGACGGGACAAGGAGAGACAAGAAGGAAGAAGACAGCUGGACCGAAGAAGAAGGCCCAGAACAACCGGAGAGGAUCCUGGACGAACAGGAACGGAGGUCCGAGAGUGCCGAGGAAGCCGACGGGAGAGAGGCGUUUUUCAUCUUGAAGGACGAGCAUCCAGAGACGCUUAUCGCUGACGCCUCCGUAGCCCCCCACCGCGAACCUGAAGAACGCAUGCCUCUUCACGUGCUCAUCCAACAGCGGUGGGAGACUCGAGAACACGAACAAGGAGAAUCCGAAGCAGGAAGAGAUUCAGGCGGGGAAGGGUGGCUUCCUGCGACCAAGUUUUCCCGGCGAUCUCAACAGCGGAAUCCACGCGCUUCUGCACAAGACGCCUGUGCGCCAGUGAGUGGCUUUUCGCUCGCUGAGAGAGAAGAGAAGAGGCUAGGGAGGGGAAGAGCGAAAACGCUAGCUGCCGAGUCCCGCAGAAAAUCGCGCUUCGUCUGGCUGUCGUCGUCCAGCUCAGAUGAUGGGAGAAGAACGUCGUCCGGUUCCCGGCAGACCAGAGGCAGGCCAGCGGGCGCCUGCUCUUCUCGCGCGGUUGCAUGCAAGAGAGCUUCGAACGACAGCAAGCCGGUGGAUGGCGGAAGCGCAGAGAAGAAGCGAACUCCUUCUGUGUCUUUCUCCGUCGAAGACAGUACAAGAGACAGAGAUAGAGGGGCAGGCGUGAGAGACGAGGACGCACAACCUGCGCUUCUCUGGAGGGCGUGGCCUACGCCAGAGUUCCCUCUGUCUCCCGCGAGGGAAUCGAAAGGUCCGACGCCGCUCCUUCUGGACGGCACGAGCAUCGCUUUUGAACAUGGCCGCCAGCGUCGCCUGUCUCCUCUUGGCGUGGCUUUCGCCUUGGCGCGCGUCUUCGAGCUCGGCUUCCCAGCAAAGGUGCUCCUUCCGUCUUGGAUGGCCGGCGAGGAGCACUUCUACCCUACAUUCUUUGUGGGCAGUGCAAAAGGGGUUGCGCUCUGGCAGCAAAUACGGCAAGCUCUGCAGGAGGACGGACUUCUCAUUGUUCUUCCCGACCCAAAUGCGCACCUGCCCAAAGAGAGCCACGCACGCUGGUACCCAACGCGGAAUUGCUUCAAGUCUUGCUCAGAUGCUCUUAAGAUCGCAGGACUGUGCAAACAGUGGGGUGCCGCACUGUGCUCGAACGACUUUGAGCAGUUUCUCCGUCUCGUCGUUGGUCAGAAGAACAAGAAAAUGGCCGAAAUCUACGACUUUGUUUCCCGCUCUUCGGUCCUCCUCGCCUUUCAUAAAAAUCAGCUGCACCUGAUCCUAGACUCUCAAGGGAGAGGGAGCUCACUGGAAACGCUCAUCCUUCGAACGGGCGAAAGGUGAAAGCGGAAAGGCGAACGAAAGAAAAACAUAUCGCUUCUUUUGGUUCGCUCUACGCAAGUGUUGAUCAUUUGGUCCGUCGUUCUUCGCCACACGUCACUCAAAAAAUAAUAUCAAGAGGCUUGGCAGAGCACCUUUUCCGGUUCGUUUACUCAACGUCUGCGAGAGAACUUCAAACGCGUUGUACUGGCAACAGAAACGGACAUACGUCAGUGGAGACGACCUGUUUCCAAGGUGGUGUCCCUAGUGGAUUUCGCUAGCAUACGAAAUACAGACAUCCGGCAUAGGCGUUCUUCACACACACAGGCUGUCCUGAUCUCCUAGUGCAGCUCAUGCCAUGCCACGAGUGGGCUUCCGACAGAUCCUGAAGAUAAACAAGUUGCCACACGCGAACACACACACUGGCAAGGUUGAGGAAGGUGGGGCGUGCAAACGUUUCAGGCUCACUUUCUUUCCUUGAUCAUCUAGACCAUACAACCGAAAGGCCGCAGAUCAGCACA